CUUUGCCUCCCCGCGGAGCCUCCUUCCUCCCGAAUCCGUCCAUUCGGCGGUGGAUUAUCCGGGUCUGGAAAGAUGGCCUCCUCGGAACAGGCAGAGCAACCUGGGCAGCAGACUGGCUCUCCUCCUGCGAAUGAGAAUGGAGCGUCCCGUGAAGCGUUGAUCGCAACCGCCGUGAAGUUUCUACAGAACACCCGGGUCCGCCAAAGUCCGCUAGCAACUCGAAGAUCAUUUCUCAAGAAGAAAGGGCUGACGGAUGAAGAAAUAGACCUGGCCUUCCAGCAGUCGGGGACGGCCAAAGAGGAGCCGCUCAGCCUUUCUGCACAGCCGCUGCUGACCCAACCACCGCACCUUGCGCCACACAGUCCCCCAAGCUCCCGAUGGCGGGAUUAUGGCGCUCUAGCGAUCAUCAUGGCCGGCAUUGCUUUCGGCUUCCAUCAGCUCUACAAGAAAUACCUGCUCCCUCUGAUCAUGGGCGGCAAAGAAGACAGGAAGCAGCUCCAGAGGAUCGAGACGAGCGUCUCCGAGAUGAGUGGCAGCGUGACGCAGACAGUGACCCAGCUCCAGACGACCCUCGCUUCUGUCCAAGAGCUUCUCCUUCAGCAGCAGCAGAAGAUCCAGGAGCUCACUCAAGAACUGGCUGCCUCCAAGGCGACAACAUCCACCAACUGGAUCCUGGAGUCUCAAAAUAUCAACGAAUUGAAGUCUGAGAUCUAUUCGCUCAAAGGACUCCUUCUGAACAGAAGGCAGUUCCCUCCCUCCCCGUCGGCACCCAAAAUCCCCUCCUGGCAGAUCCCGGUCAAGCCCUCCUCGCCUUCCAACCCGGUCGCCAACAACCACAACAACACCAGCAGCGACAUCUCCCCGGUCAGCAACGAGUCCAACUCUUCCUCCCCCGUGAAAGAGAAUCACAGCCCCGAGGGGCCGAAGGUGAGCUGCCACUUGCUGGGCCCCGCGGAGGAAGGCGAGGAGGCGGUGAUCGACCUGAAGGGCCAAGUGCGGAUGGAGGUUCAAGGAGAGGAGGAGAAGAGGGAGGACGGCGGGAGGUUGGAAGAGGAGGAAGAGGAAGAGGAUGACGUCAGCCACGUGGACGAAGAGGAGUGCUUGGACGUCCAGACGGAGGACCGGCGAGGAGGAGACGGGCAGAUCAACGAGCAGGUCGAGAAGCUACGGAGGCCCGAGGGAGCCAGCAACGAGAACGAAAUUGACUAGCACAACGGGGCGGGGAGCGUGGCUCCUGUCUCACCCCACAUCUCUCCCCAGCUCCCCAAUCUUUGGGCCCCAGUAAUGAUCUCCUCUCACCUCGUGAACCAAGCGGCCCCCAGGGCGUCCUCGACCCGAGCGGCUGCUCCUCACUGUGGCUCCAUUUCAUCCUUCUCCAUCACAUUGGCUUCAUCCGUAGUCGUCCUGGCUAAUGACGCACACCCAAGUACUAAUCCGUGGAUCAAAUUACGAAUGAUUUCCCCAAAACCAAGAAUGUCAUGGUCCUCCUUUUUUUCUAUUUCUUUGGUGGAUCCUUUUAUUAUGUCCUCUCAAAUCAUUUCCUCAAAUCCAACCUUUGCUGAGUUACGACUCUCAGCCUUUUUGAAACAUGUGAAGCAUUGGGUGAAAUCACCUCCCUCUUAUUCUUUUGCCCCUUCGUUGUGGACAUCUUGAUUCGCCGGGGUCGAGAGGAGCCAUUUGGAGAAGGCCUGGCUUGUUGGCCGAGUCUCAAAAGAUUCUCCACCUUCCGGUCGCUCAGUCUUGGAAUGGCAGCUUUCAUCUUUUUUCUUGUUCCCUCCUUUUCUUCUUACCUCCUAGUGCUUCCCAUAUGUCAAAAUCGAUGGAGAGAAAGUCUCCUGCUGCCGAUUAUAGUUGAAAUCAUUUUGGAAAGCUCUCUCCUUCCUGUUUAGGGAAGGCCAACGGCUCUUGAUCUUUCAAUUCCGAGUUUCCGAUGAAAAGAGAACCUCACAUAUCCGCUCGUCCCGGUCUAAGGGCCAAGCGCUCUCUCUCGUCCGAAAAAAACUUCCUAGUUGUGGUCCCUUCUUCACAACACAACAAUGUCUUCCCCUCUUCUUCACUGCAUCCAUUCCCCCUCACUUUUGCCUUAUUGGGUGAAGAAAACGGUAACAAAACCACCAGUUCCUGUUUCGCGGCAUCGUGUUGUCGGCAAAACGUCUGAUUUCCGUUCACGUCAUUAACGGGAACAAAGAAAUCGAGCCUCGAAUCCUGUAACAUCUUGAGUCUCUCACUGCUCCUUAAUCCUCGCGACGAGGAAAACCGAAAUGUGCUUGUCUGUGUGAUCAUGUAUAGAAUUCAACUAUAAAAUAUGAUUGUAUAUAAUUGUAAUAAAUAUGAGUUACCACUA